CGUUUAAUGGCCGAAAAUGGAAACUUAAAUAACAAUAACAACAACAUUGAUGUACGAGGACAAAACACCACUAUAGUACAUUCGUCAAUAACAGCAACAACAACAACAACAACAUUAGCUAAUGAAAUAUCAUUAGAUCAGGGCCGUACGGAAAAUGAUGCCACACAUUUUCGCUUAAGAGACGUCCUCCAGUCUUCGGAUCAUCUAACUUGCUUAAGUUGCGGAGAAACUUUCGAAUGCACUUCUUUGCUGCAAGUCUACGAGCAUUACAGUGAAAAGUUUCACGAACGUUAUUAUUCUAACUGUUUAUAUUGUCAAGGUAAAGUUCAUCAGUAUUUUGACAAUAAAAAUCAUCAUAUACAUUAUUAUCACAAUUGUUUGCGUUGGAAACGUGGAGAGAAUCGUUAAAAGAUCGUCUGCAACGAAACUAUGGAUAUAAUAGAAUAUGAUGGUAAUGAGGCUUGUGGUAAAGAAGUUGAAAUCGAAACUAGAGAUAAUGCAAGUGGUGAGUCUUGUGAAUCCGAAUAUUCUGAUAAUGGAAAUUAUGACGAUGAUGCAAGCAGUAUCAGCUCACGUAAUGCAGGAAGCAGCGGUAACGGCUAUGGUAAAAGAUGGUCCAAGUCCGAAGAUAAUUUGCUUAAAAGUUUAGUAGAGCAGCAUGGAGAUCGUUGGGACCUUAUAGCUCCACAUUUUAGAGAACGUACUGAGCCUCAAGUGCAACAACGUUGGGCCCGCGUUCUAAAUCCAGAACUUAUUAAGGGCCCAUGGACAAGAGAAGAGGACGAGAAGGUCAUGGAAUUAGUAAGACGCUUUGGGCCUAAAAAAUGGACAUUGAUAGCACGUUUUCUAAACGGUCGUAUCGGUAAACAGUGCCGAGAACGUUGGCAUAAUCACCUCAAUCCGAAUAUUAAAAAGACCGCUUGGACGGAAAAGGAAGAUCGCAUUAUUUACGAAGCUCAUUUGCAAUGGGGUAAUCAGUGGGCUAAAAUUGCGAAACUUUUGCCUGGUCGCACAGACAAUGCUAUUAAAAACCACUGGAAUUCAAGUAUGCGCAGAAAAUACUACGAUAACGAGCGCAAAGUUGCCCGGCAGAUUAACGAUUUAAGGAGUUCGCGCAAUCACUUGAGAAAUCUUAUUAAGUCAGAAGCCACAAGCGAUAUAUCACUAGGGUUGUCCCUAUCAGCUCUAAUAUUACAAAGAUCACAAGAGUCAAUGUCCACUAUCCAAACAAAUGCUGAGCAAACUGGCACGACACGAUCUACUCCGAAUAUACUGAAAAGAGUAAGGCAGCCAGUACCACAGCAAGCUCAGCAGCAAAGUCCAAACAAAACAGACUUGGUUGAAGUCAAGCCAACAGUCAAAUUGCCUGAUUCUCCGGUGAUAACGCCUAUCAAACCCUUGCCUUUCUCUCCAAGCCAGUUCUUAAACUCUCCUUGUCUAACCACAUUCGAAGAUAUGAAUUUAUGCGCUAGUACACCUGUUACAAAGAAUGCAAAUCAAUUAGCUACAGAAGCUAAAACGGAACUGGAGAAUUCUUCUAUAGAAACUCCACACAAAAGUCUUUUGGGGCCUAGGACCCCUACACCUUUCAAGGAUGCAUUAGCUGCAUUGGGUAAGAAACGUCGUGGUGAACGCUACAUUCCACCCAGUCCUUCCAGUUUAGUUGAGGAUUUAGCUGAAAUUAUACAUGAAGAUCAAUUGAAUGAUUCGAAUCAGCCAAGUAAAGCAGAUGCAAACAAAAAAGAAAAUAUACCUGUUGCCCCGACAAUCGGUUCUUGUUCUAAUUCGCAAUUACCACCGCCAACCAAAAAAGCUCGCAAAUCUCUCAUCACCAGUUGGGGGGAAAAUAUAAUGCCCACUAACGGUAACUGCAACAACAACAACAAUAAUAAUAAUGACAGUUCGAAUAAUAACAUGAAGAUAGAGAAGAAACCGGUGCCGUUUGAAACCGAGACGCCCAGCAAAUUUCUAACAUCCAGUGAAUCCAUUGCUUUUUCGCCCUCGACUAUUAUGAAGGAUACCUUGUGUAGUGAGGCAGACCUAUUGCCAUCCGACGAUGCGAAAGACGAUGAGGCCAAAAAAGAGAACCAACCUGAAUAUAAUAUGGGUGGCGUUAGCGGAGUGCUACGCCCUCGUAAUGGCCCGCAAUAUUUGGAUCCUAAAUGGGAAAAGCUGGCUUGUGGUCAGACCAAAGAUCAACAGUACAUGGUGCAACAGGCUCAUGCCUGCCUUAAGAAUUUGGCUUUAAUGCCACGCUCUCUUAAUUUCGAGAAACAGAAAUAGUCAACCACGUAAUCGUACCUAAUUGCAUAUGCAUAUGUGUGUGUCUUCACACAAAUGUACCUACUUUAUUUUUAUUUUAUUUUUUUUCGGGAGGCCAAAAAUUGGUUUAUCGCUCUAGAAUAAGAUGAAAUUUGCAUACGUUUUUCUUUUUAAAAUUUUUUUUUUACUAUUGGGUUAUCUUAGAUAUUAAAAGUAAUGCAAUGCUGUCAUGGGUUUGCCAGUAAUAGAUUUAGCCCCAAAGAAUUUGUAUUUUUAUACAUUACUUACUUAUAUUAUUAUUAUUAUGAUUAUUACUAUUAUGUUUCAAGUACGAAAGCAAAACAUUUUGAUUAUUAAUUGUAUUUCUAUUAGCACGUCUGAAUUUAAGCAGAACAAACAAACCCACAUUUCUUUCUGCCUAUAAACGGCGUUCGGGAAAAAUUUUUUUUUUCUUCUAUUUAUAUAUUUUAUAUAUUUUAUAUAUAUGUAUAUAU